UAGGGCGCUACCGCUCUGGCCCCAUAAAACCCGGCUCGCGAGGCGGGCUGGAGUCGCUGUGAGCUCCUUCUGCACGCGCCACGUUCCCCCCCAGCCAGCCGAGCCGCCUCUCUUCGCCUAGGGUUUAAACUUGCAACUUCCUCCAGUUCACCAUGGACGAUGAUAUUGCUGCGCUUGUUGUUGACAACGGCUCCGGUAUGUGCAAAGCCGGUUUUGCUGGGGAUGAUGCCCCUCGCGCUGUCUUUCCAUCCAUCGUUGGUCGCCCCAGACAUCAGGGUGUGAUGGUUGGUAUGGGCCAGAAAGACAGCUAUGUUGGUGAUGAAGCCCAAAGUAAAAGAGGUAUCCUGACCCUGAAAUACCCCAUCGAACACGGUAUCGUCACCAACUGGGAUGACAUGGAGAAGAUCUGGCACCACACCUUCUACAAUGAACUCAGAGUUGCCCCUGAGGAGCACCCUGUGCUGCUCACAGAGGCUCCCCUGAACCCCAAGGCCAACAGAGAGAAGAUGACACAGAUCAUGUUUGAGACCUUCAACACCCCAGCCAUGUACGUAGCCAUUCAGGCUGUGUUGUCCCUGUACGCCUCUGGUCGUACCACUGGUAUUGUGAUGGACUCUGGUGAUGGUGUCACCCACACUGUGCCCAUCUAUGAAGGUUAUGCCCUCCCCCACGCCAUCCUCCGUCUGGAUCUGGCUGGCCGUGAUCUGACGGACUACCUCAUGAAGAUCCUGACAGAGAGAGGCUACAGUUUCACCACCACAGCCGAAAGGGAAAUCGUGCGUGACAUCAAGGAAAAGCUGUGCUACGUUGCUCUGGACUUCGAACAGGAGAUGGCCACCGCUGCGUCUAGCUCUUCCCUGGAGAAGAGCUAUGAACUCCCUGACGGUCAGGUGAUCACCAUUGGCAACGAGAGGUUCAGGUGCCCAGAAGCCCUCUUCCAACCAUCUUUCUUGGGUAUGGAAUCCUGUGGCAUCCAUGAAACUACCUUCAACUCCAUCAUGAAGUGCGAUGUGGAUAUCCGUAAAGACCUGUACGCCAACACCGUGCUGUCUGGUGGUACCACCAUGUACCCAGGCAUUGCUGACAGAAUGCAGAAGGAGAUCACAGCCCUGGCACCUAGCACAAUGAAAAUUAAGAUCAUUGCCCCCCCUGAGCGCAAGUAUUCUGUCUGGAUUGGUGGCUCCAUCCUUGCCUCUCUGUCCACCUUCCAGCAGAUGUGGAUCAGCAAGCAGGAGUACGACGAAUCCGGACCAUCCAUUGUCCACCGCAAAUGCUUUUAAACCGGACUGUUACCACAUCCCACCUUUGAUAAAACCCAUAAUUGCGCAUAAAACAAGAUGAGAUUGGCAUGGCUUUAUUUGUUUUUUUUGGCGCUUGACUCAGGAUUUAAAAACUGGAAUGGUGAAGGUGACAGCAGCAGUCUUAACGUGUUGGCGCGAACGUCCCCAAAGUUCUACAAUGCAUCAGGACUUUGAUUGUACAUUUGUUUUUUAAUAGUCAUUCCAAAUAUUGCAUAAUGCAUUGUUACAGGAAGUUACUUGCCUCUGUGGAGGUAGCAGCCCAGCUUGAAGGAGCUAAUGCCAUAAUGAAGGUGUUAGAGUAAUGCUUGUCGGUAAAUUAUGUAACCCAACAAGUGUCUUUGUAUCUGCCGCCUUAAAACAAAACACACUUGAUCCUUUCUUUGAUUUUUUUGGUCAAGCAAAUGGGCUGUGUUCCCCAAUUCUAGAUGUGAAUGAAGGCUUUACAGUGCCCCUUGAUAGUCCAAUGAGAAAUGGUGCCAGUAUGUGGGGGAGGGGAGGGGCUAUCUGUACACUGACUUAAGACCAGUUCAAAUAAAAGUGCACACAAUAGA